AUGCUAGCCAACAUCCUUGACCAGGUCAUCAAGGCCUACGGCAAGGAGUUUCUUGGCGACUGGGAUCCCAUAAACAACUUCAGGAUUGACUCUCUGACAGACCCAGAGAUACACCUGACGAAUAUUCCCUUCCCUCAACAGUUAUUUCAGCUGGCAGAGAUCCCCUUCGCUGUGGACUACUCGAAUAUUGCCAAAGUGCGGGCAAAGUUCUCGUGGCAGACAUUUUUUGGAGCUCCAGGAACUUAUCCUUUUGCCAUUGAGGCGGACGAUCUCGAGAUACGCAUUCGGCUUUUAUAUCCGAGUGAAUGGAACAGCGAGUUCUGGAGAGACAAAAUUUUAAAGGCCAAGCUGAAACGCACUGUCUUAUGGGAGAAAUUCGCCUCUUUGCUCGGUUCGGCCCAAGGGGACAGGUCAUCUGUGGCGCAGACUUUAGAGCCUAGGAUUGUUAAUUCGCUGGCCAUCAAGGUCCGCAAUAUUCACGUACAUAUUGUUGACGACAAUUUAGGGGCGACGCCGUGGGCAUUUGAGUGCCAUGUCGAUGAGUUUUGCAUUGACUCUCCCAAGCGGGGCGAUCCGCGCAUCUCUGACAUUGAGGCGACAGGGCUGGAGCAGUGCCUCCUUAUGGGACUCUGGAUGCGUUUCGUGGGGCUGCAUUUCUGGUAUAGGGAGUUCAAGCGUCCUCAGCUCGAAGGCAAAGCUGGCGUUUCCGUCAAUAUCGACAAGGCCCGACAGUUGCGUCGCCGCCUCCGGCGGAACCCCAAGGAUGAGCAAGCUCAACGAUUGCUCUCGGAGCUGUUGCAGAGAGAUGAAGGCACAACAGCUGGUGGAUCCCCUUCCGUUGGAGCUGGUGCACCCGGUGCAGCAUCUGCUGGACCUGCUGCUGGGCCGCCCUCUGGGGUAGCGGAGGCACAGCAAGGAGCCUCAGAGCUCCUACCAGGCUUGCAACGCCUAAGGAGACAAGGAAGUCAACCUGUAGCAGGGGUCGACGCUGGGACCCUCACGAACAUGCUGAGCAAAGAAAUUCAGGAGACUCUUCACAUCGAGGACCAGAGUGUUUCCAUGUCUCUAGCAUCGAGAGUCCUCCAGUGGGGCUGGUGGUGUGGCAACGGAGCGCGCCUACGUGCGUUUGGUAGCACCGAAGAAAAAUUAACUCCUCUUGCCGCCGACAACCUGCUUAGCACAGGAGCAGCGGAGGGCAGUUCUACGUCUUCUAUGAAUUUACUGCCCGCGAACACAGUCAGCACCGAAACUGUUACUCAAAAUCCGGCAGUAGCGGCUUCAAACGCAGUUGCAUCAGCUGAAGCCGCAGCGGAGGCCGCAACCACGGCUAAAGCGGUGGCAGUCGCGGCCCUUCGCAGCUCAGAAAAUGAAGGAGAAUCGAGUGACACUAACACCGAAAACGAAGACGAUCUCUUGUCAGGAGUGCGGGCGUCUAGAGCAUUCAAAGUUGUCCCAUCUCAGAUAAAGGACCUCCUCGAAGAGAAUACUCACGCAUUUCGUGUAACUCCUAAGGCAGGAAUUGAAAUGCAUAUAUUGUUCAAAAAAUGGGAAUUGCGCGCACUGGGGUCGAACCUAGCCGCCAAUCGACAAAGCUGGAAAACAGUGGAGCUAUCCUUUCUCAACCAUAACGCAAGCCUUUAUAGCCCCUUGCCAGCGGCUGAUGGCUCAACAGAGCAGCAGAGCAAUCACCAGGAGGCCUCUCCUCAGCAGGCGCGAGCACCACCUCCUCCGCUGUUUGACGGCAGUAUGGACCACAAACCACUUCAACUCACUUUCACUUCUGCUGCCGUAGCAGCACUCUUCAACUUCAUCAAGUUACUUGACGUGUGGUUCAUAUUUCUAAAGGGCUCGGGGAGGCUCACAAGAGUUGUCGCGCGGGAAGAGGAGUGUGCAACCUAUGUGGAAAUGUGGAAGAGGCGGCUUACUGCUAAAGCUGAGAUGCGCGAGGUUGUCGAUCGUUUUAUUGAUGAUUUUGAAUAUUCCACUCCUCUUUAUUUAAUACUAAAGCUACGACAGUUGGCGGAGGAUAAUUUGACAUGGCGGGACGGCGUGAGCGCUGCUGUCCUCCAGAAGCAGAUUUUUGGACGGUUCACCGGAUCCUGCUGUGGGCCGGACGCGGGAGGUAGCAUGCAGUGGGCAACAGGCGAGACGGCAGAAACCGUUUUAGAUGAUGAAGGAGAAAACGAGUUCACAGAUAAGGAGCGGCUCCUCCUAGAGGACAUUGCAUGCACUGUCGACGAGGCCUCAGGCGAACAGAGAGGGGGAUUCGGUGGCAGGCGGUGGUUUUAUAUAGAUGGCCUGCUCUCCGUAAUAGCGCCAAACCUUUGCUUCCGCCUCUUGCCCCUUAUACAACCAGGUAUGCAUGUAAACCCCCCACAACAAUUUCAACAAAGGGACAAGCAUUGGAACCAGCGGAAGACCCUUGGCCGUCAGGGCACUCUGGCACUGCUGGAACGCCUAGAGGCUCAGGACGCAUGGGACAAUCCGUCGACGACAGCACAGGCUGGUGACAUCCCGCCUACAACGCUGAUGUUCCGCGUCUGCACCGACUUCAAGUUCCGUCAAGAAAAAAGAAAUGAUUUUUUCAAAUGCCACGACAUUUUUAUUGAUUCUGUUUUCGUUGAAAAGGGCUUCGCCUCUCUGAAGGCAAGGCCGUGCUCCGAAGCGAUAUUAUUGCGCUCAUCUCAUAAUGCAAGCAUACAGACACCGUUCCCGGAUCGUUUAAUCUAUGCCAGUUCUCUGGGCGAGCUGGGGUGCACCUCUUGCGUCUACUUGCCGGCGGAUCCGCCGUCUCGCCUCGGUUGGGGUAUUGGACCAGCACGUCCACCUCUACGCGGCCGCGCUGUCGAGAUCCCUAGCGCUUUCAUGAAGGUGGAUGAGAGUAGUACGGAGUUCGAUCUGAAAAGGAAAGACGAGCUGCUGAAAUCCCCCCAGUACUACGACAGGGGUGUAGAUAGGGGGGGAGCUGCUCUUGGGCGCGUGGCUCAACAGUCAGAGGAACAACAACUGGAUAACAGUCUACGCAAUGAUUCAACACCGAGCCAGAAAUCGCUGCCGCAGCGAAUGAGACCAUCGUUGGUUUAUAACAACAUCCACGCCUUUUUCGAUAGGGCCAGGCACCUGGCAGAUAUUGUAAAGAAGGUCCCUCAACGAGCCAUCGAAAGGGUCAUGAGCCAACCGAAGCCGCGUGGCUCGAUUGGUGGUGAUAAGAGCCGCACCAUUCUGAUUAGCAUCAGCAGCAAAAUGGUGUGGGAUGCGGAGUUGGGAGCCCCUCUAGAAAAGAAGAAGACAUGGAUCAAUAUCCCAGAAAUUUGCGUAUCAGCCCCCGAGCUCUUUCCGCUGGCUGAGGCGCUUCCGAUGAGCUUUGCUACUUGGGACCUGUUCAGGGAGAAAGAUUGUCUACUGCCGACUACCACAGAAGAUGCCAUGGGCCUUGCUCUGGGGUACUGCACCAACGUCGACAACACACUGCGGCUCACAGCCCCGAAAGCUACAGUGAUUUACCAUUUGUCCUCCCUUGAUUACUCUCGCGUACUGUCUCAUCUGAGAAGAGACGUCCUUGCCGAGGCGCAGGAGUUGCAGCAUCGGGCAGCGGCAGAGGCGGCCGCUAAGGCGGCUGCAGAAUCAGCAGCUGCCGGUAAUGGCCGUUUUGGAUGGAAUCCUUGGGAAAGUCAAGCUGCCCGUGGUGACAGCGAAGGCCGCACCAGCAGCAGCCCUUCGGAGACUAGCACUAUCAAACGUGGCUGGGACGGGGACUGGGCAGAGCGCUCAUUAGCAGCUGCGGCAGCGGGUAGGCCCCUUGCUUUUCUUGGUGAGCGGGCCGCGGAUGCUUGGAAAGAGUUCGAGGCGCAUAAAUACAUGUUUUCAAGGAAUUCCUCAUCUGUCCCGUCGCUUGCAGAUCCUCACUCAGAGGUUCUUUCCUUCUCAGAUUCCUUCGUUUCACCUUCCCCCAGCGACACUGGGGUGUGCAGUCCUUCUGCAAAAGCAGCACCGCGGCAUGCCGCUCAAAAUGGCCAGCUUGGCGGUUCAGAACGCAUUGAUGACGACUCAGAUGCGGAUACAUUCAUCGAAGAUUAUUUGUGGGCCCACAAAUCUUCUUGUGCUUUGAAGGAUCGGCUUCUGUCGGAUGUACACUAUGAACCGGUCGAGGCUCACGGCUUCGCCUCGUCGUGCUGUGGACUCAAAGCGUCUGCAACGACUCUCCGAUUAAAUCGGACUGUUAAAAGUCGGGACCGUUCCGUUGUCUGGGAAACGCUAAAUGUGUCUCUCGACGCACUAGAAGCAGCAGUGAUGGCUCAAUCCCCGAACACCAACGGCACAUCAAGCCUCACUACGGACUGCACGGUGCUCUCCGUAUUUGAUGUGAAUGUGGGGACGACAAAGGCACCUCAGCAAAAAGUGGACGUGAAGGUGGGUCGGGUGAACUUGGGUGUAUGCACUCAACUUAUCUCUCUGGCUGCAUGCAUACAAUUCCUCAAUCCUAUUUCAUUCCCCUACACCGACGCGCUUCGAGAUCCUAAGACGCUGCUCUUGAAACUAGCACAAAUCGGAUCUCUGCAACGCAAAAGUGCUUCCACGAAGUCACCAAAAGCUAGGUCAACCGAGAACCAACACCAGCAGCCACGGAUUUCCCCCCCAGUUCAAGGGACUCCCAGGAAGGGAAUGUUCCCAAGCAGCACUGGGGAUGCGUUGAGGGGAACAGUAGCAGUUCCAGCAGGCACGACCACUCAUGAUGGCGAUGAAGACAGGAAAUGUUCAGGCUCCUUGCCAUCCAAAGACCCCGGAGGUCCUACGUCCCAAGAAACUUCACAGAGAGCACCAGACGCUUUCUUGCCAGUACCCACCAGUGGGCCAUGGUCAGAAUGCGAAGCCCAUCGUCUUAAUUGGUUUUUUAGUGAUACAGAGAUGGUUAAAAGGUUCACGAGUGAUAUUUCUCCUUUAAAGUUCCUUGGGCCUGGACAGGAAAACAAGGAAUCAUAUCAGCGGUGGAGGGUCGCUCAGCGUCGGCUAGCAAGUGGUAAAAGUGUGCCCUCCGGGAUCUUUCCAGAUGGGUUUGGUACGGAUGGGGCUGAUGCGCUCGGCAGGACUGGAACAGACACCGCGCUAACCCCGCUGCAGAUCUCCGCCAGGGUGGGAUGUCUGUGUGUUGGCAUGUACACGCAACAGCAGUAUCUGGCGGUGCUGCUGAGGAUCUAUGAGGCCCGCGUGUCUCUGAGGAAGAAGCGGAAAGAUAUUCGCAUGAAGGCCAAAGUUGGAGAGUUUUUCAUUGAACAUUCAAAAGCCCAAGGCACGCAUAGGCGCAGUAUCGUGCUGUGUAAGAAAGUGGUUCAUAUAGGAGUUCAGUGCAGACGCUGGGGCUCGUCGGCCGGCCGUGCGCUCCCGUCCUCCCCAGUACCCUAUUCUGCAGAAAGUGAUCCUGCCGCUCUUGUUCGCUCCGAGAUGAGGGAAUGGUCAGGCAGCAACCAGCCCACACCUAGGAGUACAUCCUCGCAGACUGGUAGGCAGUCUUCUCAGUGUCCAGCAAUUCAAGUGCCCGAAGCGGGGACAAGCUCGAACAGGAGGCAUUCAACUGCCGUGCCUGGGAUUCGCGUCGAGCGCUGCAGGGCGAGUAGCCCUGGAGCAAGAAGUACUGGGGAUGUCGCGGGAAAGAGGGCUGGGAGGCGGGCAAGAAUAGUUGACGAGGCCACACCUAGGAAUGGCGCAGUCUUGUGUGAGGAGCGAGUUCAUGCAUCCCAGCCCCUCGACAGCCUGGGCGUGGAGAGCGAUCAAAGGCAGAUCCAUAGGAAGAGUAGCUGGGGGACAGCCUCAGAUGACAAUGACGAAGCGCAGCAAAAUGAAAAGAAUACAGGAGAUAGUUCGUUCCCGUCUUCCCUGGAAUCAGAGGAGGAAAUGCCCUCCCCCCUGGUAACCCUUCGUCACUGCAUACACGGCCGUGCCCGUUCAGGCACAGAGAACGGGCCUAAUUAUCCAUCAGAUGAUGCUACAAAGUCGCGGGAGAAGCGCAGUCUUUCAGGAUUCCUGCGUCAUGCACGAAGUCGUACGAAUGCCACAGGGCAGCCACUAGAUCAAAACCAGCACCACCACUUUGGGUGGAAGUGGCAGUGGAGGGGUGGUAAUGCUGAGGACAGCCAUGUGGACGAUGCCAUCCAUGACACCAAAGAGAGUUCCCUGUCUAAAGGCUCUUCUAGUGAGCCCGAGAGGUCGUAUGGAGGAAUGAUGGCAUCGGGGGAGGAUGGGUGCUGGUCAUCCGACGUGGUGGGAGACUGGACCUUGGGAGAUGACAGAAAGGGAGACCUCACUCACCCACCAGUGGAGUCACAAUCCCACAUCGGGCACGACUGCUGCUUUGGCAUUUUAGGAACCCCGCCUCUCAAUCUGUUGCUAUUCGAGGACAAGGCUGGACAAAGACGGGAGGGCAGGAAGAAAACCGGGAAGGAGGAUCUCCUGUCGAAGCGGAAGGACAGCAGCAGCAUCAAGAGAGAUCAGAUGUUUUUGUCUCUCCGCCUUCAACCAGAGUCAAAGAACACCGAAGCCCAGAUAUGUCUACAGUCCGUGCAUGCGUUUCCAACUGCCAAUCUUCUCUGCUGCUUAACAGACGCAGCUUUAUGCUUGAACAAUUCUUGGAACGAGGAGUCAAUACGUUCGCGGUGCCUCCUUGCGUGCUUGUUGGGAGAUGUUCGAUCCCAGAGGGCAGCGCGCGUAGCAGGCCUUAAUCUUCACGCCGCUACGGAGAUCGACAAAAAGCGCCCCAUCAAGAGGCAGUUUACGCUAACGCGCCGCGCACAGCAACAGCAUCGAGCCGACAUGUAUAGUAGCAGGGGUUCUGAAGGUAGCGGCGACACGAGCACUUACAGCAGCAACUCAGUGCCCCCCGGUGGCCUCUCACGUGGAAAUAUGAACUUUAGAAAGCAAGCCAAGACUACAUUCAGUCGCUGGGGACCCCCCGAAGGUUUCUCAGACGACGGUAGUAGCUUGCUAGGACCUUUAGCAGCUGAUGGACCGCGACGAAUUUCCCGAAGCCUUUCCGGGGGGGGAAGGCGAAAGAGGAGCUUAAGGGGGUCCUCCUCAAAGGAUAAGAUGCACGGCCCUGGUGCGUCACCCCAUUGCAGCCCAUCUAAAGCUCCCAGUGGCACUGAUGCCGCAGGGGAAUGUCGGAGUGGGAAUGCAGGUGUCUCUAGUGCGCCGCAGCAAGCGCCGGCCUCUCCAAGAACAUCGCCAAAGACACAAUCUGAAACUCAGAAUCCCAAGGGCGUUUCAGUGACGAUAGACUUAAUGCUUAAAGACGUAACGUGCAAUUUGCUUAUUGAUGAUGCCAACGGUCCCUUCGCAGCUGAAGAUGCAGAGUCAUCCGAGGCCCCCUGCGCAGACUGCACUGCUCACGCGGAUGUGGCACCAGUUUUCGACACAUCGGGUAAUGAUAUUGGAGAGCAAACAUAUGUAACACAGCAACAUGAGGAGAAGCGGGCAGCUAUGAAGCGCAGGCGACGGCAGAGCCAAGUGCUGUUCAGUAGCGGCGUGAGCACACAUAGUAGCAUCAGCAAUGGGGAUACAAGCAGCACGGCUAGCAGUGUCUCUACAGACGUUCCCACUGGGGGGGACGCAGGUCUAGCGUUUCCUCCGUUUCCUGUAUUAUUUUCUCCAGAUCUCUGUGUCCCCCGAAGCAUGGCAGCCCAGUGUGGAGGGCUGCGUUUCGACUCUUCUUUGAGCCGGGUAGUUGUUGCGGAUGCCCAAGCCAUAGGAGUUCGACUUGAUGCGGCCCUAAGGGUCAUGUACACCAGCGUGCCGACAGGCAGUAGCACCAGCGGAAAGCACGAGGAGCUCAAGGAUGCUUUGCAGGUGGGCCUUUGGCGAUUGGAGGCUACGCUCUUGAGGAAUUGUACCUGGGCGUUUGCCAGCGCGGUCUUUUUCGACCUUAAUUUUAAGGCUGAAUGCCUUCGCCUGAUUCCCGCAAAAAAGCGACGAACUGUCGCGGGAACGACAAAGGCUCUGUCGAAAGGCAGUUCUUCGGGAAGGGUCGAAGUGGAUACCGAUGUGCUGCCCAAUCGUUUCGCGCACUUGAAAACUGUGGAGGAAGGAAAUUCGGAGGAGGAGGGUGACACACCCGGGGCCUUGCAUCGCAGCGUCUGGUUAGCCGACGAUACGGGAGAUCGCCCUCAGAGCGGCGAACGUAAGCUACGGAGAUCUCGUAAGUCUCUUUACACAACUCCUUGGGAGCAUAAACCCGACACUGAAUGGCCGGAGGGAUACGCCAGUGCGGAAGGAUCUGUGACCGGAUCCAAUGACAGGAAGAUCAGGGCGUCCUACCCGGGUCUCGCAGAAGGUAGAAUAACCGGUUCUACAGGGCAAGGAACUUCGAGAAGGACGGAAAGUGCCGUUGAAGUCGAACGCCUUAAGAGACAGUUUUCGUCUGCUGCACCCCGCCGCUUGCCCAGCAGUGGGAGUUCAUCCUUUUUCCGUCGGGUUUUUGGGUCGCGCAAUGCAAAUAAUGCCGCAGUGGUAUCGGAAAGCCCAGCUGGGAGUAGCGGUCAGUUCGAUCCGCGUUCGUGGCGAGGGCGUCACUUGAAGCGGACAGGAGGGGGUAAUGCAGGCCGUUAUACUGAGCGCCAAGGGGCGGUGUCAGACAUGAAAAACUACACUGAUCCGGAAACACGCCACGCAGAGAGCCCACGCACUGCAGGAGCUACAAGGAAGCGGCGGCCUCCAGAGGUGGCUGCCCCAACGCGUAAGGUAUCCCCGCCUGUUCGCAAGCUUGGUAGCAGCAUAGCGUGGCCACGAAACCUUUUAAAGCCGCGCCGGACUCUUUCUACACUGAACAGCGCUAAUUCUGGUCUACUGGAGCUCGUGUCAAGCACCCCAAGUGGACGAGGUGCCUUGAGGUAUUAUCCUUUCGAGAGCGAUGUAGCAACCGCCUAUGCCAGUACUCAGUCGCCUUUCGCGCGUCAUGCCAACAUGCCUGGAAGAUCACGACUGCGACAGAGCGGGAACGUAGAGCGCUCUGGUACCGGCAGGCAAGGCAUGCGGGCUUCCAGUGCUACGCCCAGGUAUGGUAUUGUGCCCAUGGGAUCUGCAUUUGACCAAAUGCAGCGCGUUGUGGGACAGACUACCGAGGUGAGAGCAAGAGCUUCAGUGCCGCGUACAGCAAAACCAACCGCCACACGUGCCAAGCGGGAGGAGCGGCGCGUUGUGGAAAUUCCUGCCAAGGAAUGUGAAGAAGAGCGAGAGCUCCUUACAUGCACAGCAAUUGAUUUGGAGGUCAAGCGCGUCGCCAUCUGGAGUGCAGUCUAUUUACAAGACAACAAGGCUGCUGCAAAUCCAUGCAGGGCAGCCGGAGCCGUAGCAGCGCUUGCCGCUAUGCAGUCGAGACAGAAUAAACAGAAGCACCGCAGCGGCUGUGCCACAGCGCCUUCGGCCGCCGCAACAUCCACUGCUGGAAAUGCGGAUAAUCAGGAAGCAGAGAGUGCUGCCAGCGGAAGCUCGAAGAGUCAUUUGGCGGCAUAUGUGCCGGUAGGUCGCCGAAUGCAUACAGCUGUUGGAGCGCAAAGAGGUUCUCCCACAGUUGCUCAGGUGGCCGCCAUUGACAAAUCCAGGAUCGCCGGCAGCGGACUUCCCGUGGUAGACGCUUCGCGAAUAUCAACGUCAUGUAAAUCCGCAGGCCGGGGCACGAGCAGGCAUACAGUCAGCAGGGUAGUGGAAGAAGUGCAACAGCUUACGUUUCUGUUAAGGGAAGUGUGGACAGAAGAUUGGCUGUCUGUUUCUCUUCCUUCUCCUCCUCCCUUUGGCACGUACUUCCGGGCACAAGAGGGGCGCAUCCUCUUGAUCCCAGUGCUGCUUCAAUCAUCGACGAAUAAAGAGAGAACUCUUCUACAGCGAAGGCUCCAAGAGGCAAAGGCUGAAGCCGAAUCAAUGGUCAUAGCUCGUAAGGGCAGGCGCUCUACAAACGAGAGGCACGAAGCCUCUAUCGUUCCCGACAGAGCUGCGAUGAGGACAUUGCAAGGCAUGAACGCACGAACCACACCAGCAGCACAGGCAGCACUUGCUGGAGCUGCACUCAAACUCAACACACAAGAAGACGAAAAGCAGGACGAAAAGAAGACCGCUGCUUCUGAGAGACUGCGAGGGGCUGCAAAUAUCUCGCCUCAUAUAUCCUUGAUGUAUAGACUCCUGGAUCAUUCCAAUACACCAUGCCGAGACAUGCGAGCACCCUUGAAGUACCAAGCUCCUGAUGGCUGUCGACCUGGCACAAAAAUUGUCUGCAGAGGAGAUAUAUGCCCCACAUUUUGCUGUUGCUCUCCAUUCCUUGUGGAUUGCUUCACUCAGCUAUUUGGAAAGGAUGGAGAAAUGACUGCAGUGCUUUCACGUCUAUCGAUGGGUCUGCGAGCCAUCCGCAUGGGCAUGCAGCAACAAGAGCACAAAGCAGCAGAGGCGGCUCGAGCAGCAGUUCAAUGUCUGCCAACUUUGGCGAAUUCGUCCGAGUUGGCUGUAGCAGCGCCUUCACCGCCUUCGAACCCAGGACGUUCGCUCUUACCUCCCCAGCACGAGGAACCUGACACUGGUGCGUCUGGGGCGCCAACCCGCCCAGCCGUAGGACUGUCCAUUGGAGACGAUACAGCAGCAGUUGAAGGCUCAGAGGAGGCAGCUCUCAAAGUUGACACCCGGUUGUGGGGCGCUCUCCCUGGUUCCCUGUUGCAGCUAUCUUUGGCCUUGCGGACUGCGUUGGAACGGCUCACACAUGAUUCGUUUGUGUCUCUCUGCAUUCAUUCUCUGCAACUAACACUUCCAUCCCCUUGUCAGCUUCUCAACCUUCCUGCCAUUCCUGCCACCAAGCGACUACUCCCGAUCACUGCUGUCCGGCCGAAUCUGAGUUCAGAGGCAUUCUAUUUCCUUUGUUGUCUUUCUGCUGCUCCAAUAUCGCCAUGCAUUGCUCUUGAUCUUAUCAUCACCGUGAGGGGCGUAAGAAAAUCCUCACAUCCCAUUUCUCCCUCCGAGCAACAACAGCUGCGGUGGUAUGCUAACAACCCAGCCGGUGGAGAAGAGGCCAUUGGGUCUGUGAUUCUUCCAAACCGCGCAACGCCGAGGCAGCGAGACGUGAAAAGGGGAAAGCCGUUCCCCCUUUCAGCACUGCAGUUUCCAGGAACCCAGGCGUCUCCUUCAGCGGCAUCGGCAGCUGCAAUGGCGGCACCUGCUACAACAGCAGCGUUUGAACGGCUUGCAGCUGCAGAAGUGCAGCAAGGACCUUCUCGCGGCUCUGUAAAAGCAACAGCACCAGUUCUGAGGCUGCAAUUGCUCAAGCGGCCACGUCUACGUGACGCAGCGAUCCCAUCUGCUCAGGAAGUGGCUCAAAGCAGCUCUCCCCGUAUUGUACUUUCUCAAGGUGGAGACCCACGACUAGAUAGCCCGUUUGGCGAGGCUGAGAACUCCAGUGCACAGCAGAUCUACACGCCAUCCAAGGAGAAGCAACCCAAACAAGCGGAUUGCGUGUUGGAGGUUCUUCUCAAGGAUCUGGAGGUGACAUUUGUUGCCGAAGAGCGGCCUCCGGAACUGCUCGUGCAACAGCAGCGCUUAACACACGGGCUGGCAUCUCGCUCAGUUUUUGGAUCAGCAGUGUAUGGAGGGAAGGUGGUUCAGGAAGCUGAUGCAAAUGGAGGGGUGGUAGGCCAAGCAGAGAAAGCAGAACCCGUAAUUGAGCCUUUCCGCCUGGUUUUAUUUCUACGUGACUGCAUUGUCAGAGGAGAGGACGGCGUCAGGCUGCUUCAAAAUGCUUCCGUCCUUCCUAAACUUUUCUCUGGGGCCUUCGCCACGAGCGCACAGGCAUUGGGAGGAUCCCACACCCCUCAGGGCGCCGCAUCUGUAAAUACAACUGGGACUCAAGCCUCGGGUUUAUCCGGCGUAGCAUCAACUCGGCGUUCUGUGCACAAGACCAGGUUGCCUGUACCGCAGGUGCUGAUGUCGGAUACUGCAGUACAAGACCCUUUGCUGCAGGGGUUAUUGUGGAUAUCUGACGAAAAAGCUUUUGUCUCCGGGGAGUUAUCCCACAUGAGGAUACAACUAUGUGCCCUUCAAGGAGCUACAGUGUAUUCUUGGGCCACCAGCUUGUUCGGAGCUUUACAGCAGUUGAAACAUUUCAGCUUGCAGUUUCCUGCCAUUAGCUUUGGAUGCUGCUACUCUACUGCCUCAUGGCUCUCCCCUGUUGGUGUCAGCACCCAUCAACUUUUAAGGGUCGCCCAGCUGCAAUCUCAGAGUUCUUUGCCUGCGGUUCCGGAUCAGCUACGGCAGCCUCGUGCGGCAACCCAGGACGAACAAGCUGUCCACAGGUCUUUGCUGCUGCAACGGAGAGGCCUUGGCAUACUGUGUCUCCUCUAUCCCGCCCUUCCUCCUCCAUCCCUUGCACCAGAAGAUUGGCACAGCUACCUCCCUCUGCAGCUGCCUGAGAUGCCUACACCGAUGUCCAUACAACAGGUGCUACAAGUGAUCGAGGCCGAGGCUGCAGCAAGAGAAGUAGCUGAAUCAAGCACUGCGGCGGUGGACACUGCAGUCCCUCUUUCUCCUUGGAGGUUAGAAACGACCGAUCUCUUUCAGCACCACGUGGAUUUGAAAGCGAGCAACCAUCCACCGCCGGUGCGCACUCACGGAUACGGAGACUCCUCGCCGGUCUCUGAGCCUUUCCAAGGGGCACAUUCAGCUGAUGCGUCAUCUACGCAAAUGCCUUUCGGGAAGUCAUCUCCACAGGGCGAGCUUAGGAGCUCCAUUCGUCUUGGUCCCAUGCCGGCUCCGCAGGGUCCUCGGCGGCACUCAACCAGCGAUGCGCACUCUUUUUCGUCCCCUGAAGGAGCUCAAUGUUCCCCAGACGAUGCAGAAGGAGAUAAAACUUUAACAAGCGUUAGGAAGCCACAAGGCUUUUGGAGUCGUAUUUUAUGCCGUGGUGAGCGCGGACGGCUUACAAGUGCCUUCAAUUCGUCUGCUCGAGAAGGCACGAUUGCGCAAUGGCACUCGUUCGCUCCUCCGUCCCCACCAGAGCAGCGAAAACCCACAGUGACCCUAUCCAAGCGUGAGGCCGCUUUGGUAGGAGCAAAGCUACAAAAGAUUCUCGAGUUUACAGUCAAGGGAGUUGAGUUGUGGUUUGUUCUCGGGGAGGGAGGCGAUGCUCCAGCCCAGUGUGACACUCCAGGCAAGCCAGGAGACCCGCAUGCGGUUGCAAGUAUCGCGUCUCUCAAAAGGAAGACCAAAGCUAGGCUGAAGUCACUUGCCGCCAUAAGCGGCACCAAACCCUCCGACGCAGGCAGGAGCGAAAAAACCCCGGGCCAGUGGAUGCAGGGUCAGCCUCUUUCAAGGUCUCUGCUUCAGAUCAUGCUGACAGCGACAAGUCGUGAGGGGCUAUGCGUGGAGGAGGAGUGCCCUGAUGAAAGGCGGAAGCAACAAAUUGUUGUUGGGUUCCUUACUGCUGGCACAUUCCGUCUGUUGCAACGGGGUCCGGAUCUCAACGUGUGUGGGGAGGUCAGAGAGCUCAGCGCAAUGGUGGGGUCACCAUUUCCCUGCAGCGAAUUUGUCCAGUCGAAGCACUCCCCCGAGUCAGUCCUUGAUCCAACUGGACGGCCAUGUAACCUAGGGCUUCAGGUGCCCACGUCAGAAUCUCAUCAACAGCAACAGCGACAUUCAGCACCACCACAAAACAAAACCAUGAAACAAAUCGCCGCAUUCUCCUUCCUGAAGUCGUCACAAGCGUUGCCUAUGGACAAAUUGCAGGCGGGUCAACCAGAUGAAGGAGCUGUCGUUCUCCACAAUUUCCCUGAUGUUCUUGAGGGAUAUGGGGGGGCCCUGCUCCUUCCGAACUUGCAACAGCGUACGGACUGUCUCUUAUCUGUGGCGCCAUCUACAGCUACUAUAUCAGGGUGUCCGGGAGGUAAAGCCAAGUUUUGCCUGACAAUUUCGGAUCCCCAGGUGCACUUUUCAUUUGAAAUGUUUCAAGGUCUUGUUAGCUUGGAGACACAGGCAAGGCUUGAACAGCUUCAGGUCAUUAAAUCUGCAACCGCUGCAACAACAGCCAUGAAGUCUUCCGUCGCUGCAGCAGCAGCCGCCGCAGAAGCUGCUAUAGUGGCCCUUACCGAGCAGCAGCCAUUACGAGUGGAAGACCUGCAGUUGACGCGGACGUCAUCCGCAAGUACGCGCAAGCAACCCCACAUGCCCCUGAGCCCUUUUGUUCUCCCGACUGCAACCUCCUCAAAUUCAGAGAAGCUUCCGAAGUUUCUCUACCCGCCAGGAUCCGACAAGUCUACGGGCGGCAUUGGUGUAUUAUUGAGGGGGGCCCCCACGGUUGAGGGGCCUGGCUCGGUACUGCCUUCUGGGGUUGCAUCAGCUUCAGCUGCUGGGAACGCUUUCGCAGCAGUUCGGGUUACAAACUAUUCAGUUGGCCUAGGGGACCUAACUAUGGAAGGCAGUUUGCUCCAUUUUUUGAGGGACUAUGCUUUUACCAUGUGGGAGAACGCAUAUCCCACCCCUCAGCAGCGGCACCGCCCUCUCUUUGAUUGGGCAUCGCUCGAGGGAGGCGAGCGAUGCCCCAAACCAGCGAUUAUUGCCUCCAUGGCUUUGGCACGGAUGCGCCAGCAGCGUAGGGGUGGUGCCUUUGGACGGGCUCUGGAAGAGUUGAACGCUAUGUCUAGCUUGCCACAACAGCAGCUUGAAGAAGAUAUCUCUGAGCCAACCAGAAGCAGCAGCUCCAGUAGCGAAUCCGCUUCAACUCCAGUACAACAGCCUGCUACAUGGGGGAUACGAGUCGGGGACACACAAUCCCCAGAGCGUGAAGAGCUGAACGUAAACUCUCAACGUCGCCGAAUGGCUCAGUCACAAGUGGUCUCACCACGGGCGACCUUGGUUCCAUCCGUUCCUGGAGGAGACCUUCGCAAAGCCGAAGAUGAAGAGUGCGUUGAUUCAGAAGAACUGCUGCUUCUUGCUAAGCUCAUGUCUGCUUGCGGCUCAUCGGCAGUGAAACUGAAUGCGUGUGAUCCCGGUGUUCAACGGGUAGAAGGGACAGAUGUGCGCGACUUGCAAGGUGAAGUGGCGUGGCACAGUGUAAACUCUCGCCGAAAGGGCGUGAGUCCUUCAGAAAGUCCGGAUGCAACCGAGCAUGAAGACGUGGACACGGCAAUGCCUGUUUCCUUGCUUCAAAGCGUCGGAGAAGCGGAUUUCAAAGAUAUGUACUGCCGGGCUAUUGGGUUCUUUCUUUCUUUGUUGAGUUUCAAGCUUCCGGGUGAGACAGAAUUUGAGAUCAAGGCAGAGGUGGUUAAGGGGGCUUUCGAAUUCCACGACGCACAUGGCUCGCUUCUUAAAGUUAGUCUGUUAGCCUUGGAAGGCCAAGUGUACAUACGACCGGAACUGUGGAGCGCUGAUUCGGUUAAGAAGUUUGGAGGCCGCUUGGAGCUCAUGGUAUCGGGCUAUGAUCCCAUGACCAACUCCCAGGAGGAACUGUUGCACCCUGUUGCAGCUUCAGUGGAUAUCCAGCGGCAGUACGUAGACGGCCAGAUGAGCCACUGGAGCAUCGUGAAUAUUCGCAGCGCUAUGGACGGGGUGUCUGUUGAUAUCACCUCGGGACUUCUACAGCUGGUUUAUCAUAUUGUCAGGACAACCCGCGAAAUUCUUCAGGGAGCGGAAGGCAGCUUAGGGAGGCACAACAGCCUGAGAGUGUAUAAUGACAUUCACUCCGAAGUUCUCGUCAUGCACCGUCGCCGUGCUAGAGAUGAGCCUAGAGGGUGGCAUUUCUCUCGCAUGCAGCCAGAAGAAUGGAUAUUGGCACCUACGGCAUACUUAUACUUUGCAGUCCGAAAGAACACGCCUGUUACAGAGGCAAUCCCCGAGAGGCGACGACGAAUUUGGCGGCGCAGGGGUGACGACCAUGAAAAAUUACAUGAGACCCAUCCAACAGUUCGCCUUGAAACUUAUGAAGAUGUUAAGCACGUUGUGGAGGGACUUCUGCAGCUAGGGACCCGGAAGGUCGACAACUCUUGGUUGCGGGCAUACGAAGAGACGUUAUUGUUUUCCUCAACCCGGCGUGCCCAGGCGCCAUUGGAAAUGCUGGUAGACGAUAUGCCAGUACUGCAGGGCGGCGGCAGUCGGAGCAUGCGUUACGGAUGGGAGAGUUUGUUGCAAAUGCUCCGCAAGGAACCUGGCUGGUGCUGUCUGGGUCGGUUACAUGCGGACUAUUCAAACUGCCGCGCGUACUUCCUGCAAAACGCAGGGUUUAAAGUGCUGGUUGAGCCCGUUGUGGACCGUAGGAACGGCACAUGGAGUCUUGCAGUUGGCAGUUGCGUGCAGCUGGCAAAUGCAUGCUCCAUGACACUGCGGGUAUACAUCGGCCGGGCGAAGCGAAAUUGGGGAGGGCGCGCCAUAUCCUGUUUUACAGCCCGCGUCACUGGGGAAACUAGGAGCGCCGCCACCCCGGAAGAGUACAUCGAUAUCCUUCCAGGAUGCCGUCGCUCGGUACCUCUUUCGUGGUUUGGGAGUGGCACAGUACCUUCUUUGGCUGCCCUUCUGCACACUGAAGGCGGGGAGGGAUAUGGGGAGGACAGGGAACCAGAGAUUCCCCCUGUGCCGUUCCCUGCUCUUUACAGGCUCACAAACAAGACUGGGUACACGCAACCCCGACGCUUGGAUCUUCCUCCAUUCACUCUCCGUCUGCGUGGAUCCUUGAUGCUUUACGGAACGGUGGACACUACAGAUGUUCCCACUUCUGGAGCAUCUCGUAUUGCCCAGCGCUACGUCAUUAAGCUGGAGCCAAUGUUGAGCAUUAAGAACACUCUUCCCUUCCCCAUCACAGUCUCUGUUUAUCUGCGAAAUGCAGGGGAGUCCCAGAUGUCUAGCGAGAUUCGGGCUGGGGCAACCAACGCUGCGGGGACUGGCGCAAAGGCGUCCCAUGUACCCACGCAGGCCGAUAACAUUGCGUACGCAGUAUCAACAGAACCAGCUCAGCCAUUACGAUACGCAUUCGGAAACCCCCAGGCGGAGCUCCUGGCAGAAUUGGAGAGCCGUAAGAGACAAAAGGAGGAAGAACAACAAGAAAAAUUCAGAGGCACUUCAGCGAAGCUUGUUGCCAACAACUUUGUCGAGGCAACGAUCCCGUCACACCAGAGCUGGGGACUUCCCGUAGGGGAACAACGACUUUGGCUAGUACUGCGCGUGCAUGGCGCGCCCCUUGAACAGUUCAAUACGCAGAUGAAAGCCUUCAAUCCAACAGACGGGAGACCUCUGGGACCACUCGAGCUCCAGCUGUUGGCCUCGGCAGCCUCUCGAGGGGGAGCUAGGCUGGGGGGUGCUGCUUGGUUGUUACAGCAGGAGGCCAUAGACGGCGUCGCAUUGCACACUGCUGCGAAAACAGGGGAGUCAGCCACGAGAGGCACAGAAGACAAGAAACGGAAACGAGCUCAUAAAGCGCAGCAGCAGGAACAAUCCACUACCGUGUAUGAGUCCCAGCGCUUCGCAGUGUUGCUGCCGAGCCAAGACACAUUAACCGUUAACAAGGUGUUGCAACUCAAGAAUGGCAGGGGAGAGUCUUUACUGCCCCCGGGGACUUUAAAGCUGGCUAAGGUGGAGGCAAUGAAUCAGCGCAGAGGAAAGAAGGCUCCUCUCAUCUUCUCAGAGAUGCAGCUAGCCGCGGAUGUAAGCAGGCGUCAAAUCACGGUCUUUGCUCCCUACUUCUUUGAAAACCUAACAGAUGCUACGCUUUCUGUCAAUGGAGCCUUGGUCCCCAGCCGGUGUAGGCUAUAUACCACCGAAGAGGAUAUGCGAUCUGCCUCUAUUCGAGCCUACAAGGCCGACAUUUGGACAGAUCGCGUGCUGCAAUCGUCAGUCAGCAAGAAACACGACUUGUCAGGGAUAUCUACUGCGAGGCCUCCCUUGGUGCUCAAGUUGUCGGCGUUGCAAAAGCAGCGAGGUCUUCGCUUCGGAUGGGUGAAUCGUGCGGUGUCAGCGACGGGAGACGACCAGCGCCACAGCGUCGAUGGGGCCCCUGGAGGCGGUGGGUCGGUGGACUCAAUUUUGUCGUCUCUAAAUCCAGAUGAAGCAGCAAGACUUCAGACUCUUGAGGAACUCCCUGAUAUGCGUAGAGGGGGCUCGCAGGGAGACUUACCUUUGCUCAAAGCCACGCUGUCUUCUACCGAUUCUUUCGUUGACGACGAGACCGUGGGUGGCGCACGUCGAGAAACCCGCCUGAUAUUCACAACUAAGAGGGCUGCUGGGGCGUUUGGAGUAAAGCGCAAGUAUUCUGAUGGCAUGAGUGCGGGGGAGGCCGGCAAAGAAGUCUUCUUCAGACCAGUGGCCCGGGCCAAGAGCUUAAAAGUAACGGUGAAACGCAGAGUGAAGAAUCUUGGCAGGGGCCGCUCGAAGAAUCUUCGCAAGGAGGAGCCCUCCGGCUUCGACUGCAGUGUGGCAGAUAGCGUGGACAAAGACACACUCUAUACUGGAGAAGGUCCUGACGUCAAUCCCCAAUCGGCUACCACCACUACCGCUGCAGGGACUCAAAAGGAACUGCCCCACAACAAGGGCAUCAGUAGCCCAACAGCGCUAGUACUGGGGUUGUGUACCCGAUACGGCGACGCUCCCUAUUCCACCACGAAAAUCGUCAGUGUGAUACCGCGCUUCAUUUUCAUUUCUCGGCUGCCGUUUCCCGUUAUGGUACGGGAGGUGCGAAGCCGUAGUAGAGUUCUUGGAGGAGCUAUGGGGAGCCGCAGCAAGGCCAUGCCGUGCGAGCUGGCCCUGCUUCCAGGAGAGACAAAGGCUUUUCAUGGGAUGGAGCCCCGUGUGCUGCUGACGCACGCCGAAAAGAGUUUAGUGUCUUGUUCGUUUUCGCUCGUCCCUGCACAUGUUCCCUUCUUCUUUCAGGUCGAGAUGACGCCGAAGAGGGGACGGGCGGUGUACCUUCCUGAACACUGCACCAUCAUCCAGGUGUCAAUCGUGUCAGGAUUGUUUGGAGAUGUCCCGGCUCUUCCCUACACUUACAACGGCAGUUUUAUCGUGUUGUCGCUUCCGGAGCAUGCCCAGUUUGCUAUUCUCAACCUUACCAGCUAUUACCUCGCGCACGCCCCAGUAGAACGGAGCAGGCGCACACAGCAGAACCAACUUAGAGACGACGCCUUUGCCAUUCCCAUGUCCAGCGCUAUCCAAGCCAAAUCGUCCAUAAAGAAAGGCAGAGACGAAGCAGAUGGAAACUUGAGACUGAUUCCCCCGUGGGGAUCAGUUCCAUUCAUCCCCCCGUAUCAUAAGAAUCUUGAAAAUGCACGCGUCCGGUUGCGGGUGCUUGACGUGGAACAUUGUCCAUGGUCAGUGUACAGUCUAGCAUCUGUGGAUGAGGACUUGCAGACAAUUGAAUUCGUCCCGCACCCUCCUCAGGCAGGAGCCGCCUCUGCAGCAGCUGGAGGCCUUGCGCCCAGCCCUCAGCCAGGAUCUCCACGCUCACUAGACGGCGCCUCUUCACGCAAGGUUCCAUUUUUGCAGCGCCUGCCUUCCAAGUCUCUUGGAACUGCUGUGAGUGCAACGGCAGCGAUCAUCGCUCCAUCAGCGAGCAACACCAACCCUCUGCAGCAUUUUAGAGGCAAUACAACGGCAGGUGGCGGCGACCUUUCUGAGGGAUACCUUGAGCCAGAGGAAGAACGGUACUCUGUACAAGAAGGAGACACGCGUUUCAUACGCCUACACACCCAUCGGAUUGGAGGGUCCGUUAGUUCCACCAGUAAGGAACGGUCGUUAUCAACUCUUUACGUUUUCUCCCUCGUUGCAGCAAAUGGUAGCCGUAUCCUCAUCGUAGCAGAAACCCCUGAAGUGUCGGACAAGCUUCGUGCUGGGGGUUCGGCUUUUGAACUUGUGCGGGAGGAACUUGUUAGAAAGAGCAUAAAGCAAGACAUUGGCUUAGCUCCUGCUGGAGCUGUCAACAUGUACGAGCCAACAACAGCAGCCGCCAUGAUGCCUAAGGUUACAAUAUCAGCAGGUAGCGCCCCUGUUGGCACUACGAGACACAAACGCGGGGACCUCACUUUGGGAGAUGUGCAGACUUCGGACGGUACAUCCAUUAGAGACCUCAGUCAAAUGUCUAAGCAACACAACGAAAAGCCACUGCAAAAGCAGAGGCGACCUCCACCUUGGUUGGGUCUGUCUUUCGAAUUCCGGCUGCCGCGGCUGACCGUGACGUGGAUACAUCAAAGUGAAGUGGUCCUGGCGCUUCACUUAACAGGCCUUUCACUGUCGGGCUCUGUGAAUCCAAGGCAGCUCGACGCUUUCCUGGAGGCUGUGCCAAUGGAGAGUGUAAUGUAUAUGACCAGCAAUUGGACAGGCGGGCAACGGGCCCUUGGGGCGCCCCCCGAGGGACCUACAGAUAGCUCCAGUGGGGGCCUUGUUGCUCCCAGUGGCUACAGGAGAAGCUCAAGCAGUAUCGAUAGGGCCACUCAAGGAAGUAGCAGCCUCGGAACAGAUAGUACUACGUCAGCGGAAGAAGAGGACGGUGAAGAAGAAACCAUUUCAGUCCAGCAGCCGCAACAGGACUACGAGGUACUAGUAAUGACUCGGAGCGCAGUGACGCUGUCCGCCCGGAUUUCUAUGCUGCACGUUGAUCAUUUUGUGAAGGGUGACAUUCCGGUUAUUCUAAAGAACACUACCUCCAAGUAUGGCAAGGAGGCAGAGGAGUUCCUGGAGAUCGCAGUGGUCAGGUCCCUAGUCGACCCAAGACAGGCCCCCACUUAUGAGCUGUUAAAAGUACGCAUUAGCCCUUUCAGCGCCAAUAUCGAGUUGCUUGUCAUUGAACAGCUCAUCAGAAUCUACGAAAAGGAGGUUGAAAUGCUGCACAAAUUCGCCGUCGCUGCACCACAGAAGCCGCCGGCCCUUCAGACUGCCCUUAAGUGCAGUGAUGCUGCGGAAGCACUGCGGCAGUUGGCAGUUAUGGAUGUUGUCGAGCGUAACAGGCGGGAACAGCUGAUGGCCGCAGAGACGACUGCUGGCAGCGCAGCUGCAGUUGCACCACCCCGCUGUGGAGCGGCAUCAGACGGAGACGCCCCUCCAAAUGUGGCAGCGGCGGCUGCCGCUGCGCUGUUGGUGCAUCCUCUGGCGAUGGAUGUAACUCACUCGGGCCCUAUCAACCUGUCAAAGCUACCGCCCUCCUUGGAUAAUACUCGGCAUCAAGCCAGCACUGUGGGUCCAUCGCGUUCGUCAUUCUCGUUAGGCAUUUCUGCUGGGGCGUCGAAUAAAGUGGACUCAUUCCAUGAAUUUCUUCUGCAUGAGCCCGUGCGUACCCAGUUUUACGCUUCUCCCCGAGUAUAUAUUAAUCCUCCCUCUUCGCAUGUACUGGUACUACCCAAUCCGCGGUGGAUGGAACUUCACAGGGCUAGCCCUGUGUAUAUAAAGAAUUUGACCAUCAGCUCGCUUUCCCUCACGGUGUCUAUCCGCACUUCGGAGCAUCGCAUUUCUCGCCAAGUUCUGCACAUUGUAGAUGCCCUUCCACUGGACACACCUUACAUGGCUAUACAAAUAGCCAGGGAGAAGCGCAAGUUCACUGUUUGCUCGUGGCACGAGCUCAUCCAUUCCCUCAGGAACUCCUACCUUAGGCAGUUUAUUCGGCAAUCCCUUCCAUCGGCCUGGAUCAGCAACCCCUGUGCCUUUGUUGUCGGCUUUAUUCGGGGUGCAAGCGCUCUCUUUACACAGACUAUCAAAGGUGCCAAGAAGAGUCACAACAGCUUCGAGGGGUUGAUGACUGGCUUCAGGAUAGGCUUUAUUCUUUUUAUUAUAUACACCAUGGGAGGUGUAAUGCAGUCUCUUUCCCACGUACUAAACAUCCUUCACAAGCUUAUGAGAGGAUCCAGGCCGCGGCCUUAUGGUGUACUUGACGCCUUUUGGAAGGGCCUCAACGGGAUGCUCCUUGAUACUUUCUGGAGGCCCUGGGUGGCCGUCGUCGCGGAGCCAACGGCUAGCGCCACUAGAGGAGACAGUUGGUGGAAAACAGCAGCUAUCUUGCUGGCCUGUUGUGUACGCUGCUUGAUCUCACCCCUCUUCGGCCUCUCCAACUUCUUGGCCUCUGUUGCUGAGGGAUUUGCCAACACACUGAUAGGUGACUUUGAACAAUUCACGCGGGUUCAAGAAAGAGCAGAUCUAGACAAAAAGCAUAAGCAUGGGUCUCUGAGUGGCAUUCAUGGUGACCUGGGGUCAGCAGGGGAUCUUGGGCAAAAAGGUAUCAAGCCUGGACGCAAGAGUAGCCCGGGCGGAAACCGAGAUACCGCAUUGGGAAUUACUGGUAUGGGCCGCUUUCGGCGCGGCCAUAAACACCAAGGAGCUAAAAACGCAGAGGCCUUUGGAAUGUCCCCCACCAUCCACAACGGGUCCAUUCUCACCACCAAAACUAGAGGCAGUGGUAGCGUCAGUGGGGGCUUCAGACGCCCAUCAUCAAAGCAAGUGACCUUUGCGGUUUGA